GAACUGAAGAAGCGGGGGAGGGUAAAUAGACGGAGUAAGCGUCCUAUGCAUGGACAACCGGGGCUAAUUCCGGCCAGCUAAUCCCGGUCUCUGUCGCCUUCCCCCUUCUUCCUGCUUGCUAUCCCCACACCCAUGGUUGCGAGCAACCGGUGACCAGGUAGACGUAACUACUUCCUGAGCGGGACGAGGGCGAGAAACGAGGGCUGCUUUUGUGCAUAACUAACGCACCUGUGUGAGCCUCAUUGGAGGAUGUAGCAUCGUACCUCCAAAGAAGCACAAGGAUACUCGCCACCAUGGGAGAAGCUCAGAAGUCCUCCAUGCAGGGCUUACUCUCCGUCAUUGAGAAACUGAAGGGCUCCAGCGAGCAGGAAGUCAGAAUAGUUCUUCUGGGUUUGGACAAUGCCGGUAAGACCACCCUACUGAAGAGCCUGGCCUCUGAGGACGUCAACACCAUCACACCUACACAGGGUUUCAACAUAAAAAGUGUGGCGUCUCACGGCAUGAAACUCAAUGUGUGGGAUAUUGGCGGGCAAAGGAAGAUCAGAACUUUCUGGAAAAAGUAUCUGGAGAACACAGAUCUGUUGAUUUAUGUCAUUGACAGUGCAGACAAAAAGCGAUUUGAGGAAACAGGACUGGAGUUAUCAGAGCUGAUUGACGAGGAGAACCUGAAGGGCGUCCCGGUGCUGAUCUUUGCCAAUAAACAGGAUUUGGCCACUGCAUCGCCGGCCAGUGAGAUCGCAGAGGGCCUCAACCUCCAUACGUACAGAGACCGGGAGUGGCAGAUCCAGGCCUGCUCAGCCGUGUCUGGGGAAGGAGUGCAGGAUGGCAUGAACUGGAUUUGCAACAACAUCAUGAACAAGAAGAAGAGAACAACAACACCAACAACAACAACAGCGACCUGACAUCACUUCCUGUCUCUAGUCAUGGUAUAAAUAUGUUGUUUCUGAAUAUACAGUAGCUCCUAGUUCAAAUGCAGUGAGAACAUUAGGCAUGGUUGAUGGUGUAAACGCAAGAUUUCACUGUGUUACAACUUUUAACAUCCCUACCAAUAUUGUAGUUGUAUGUGUAUUGGAGAUUUCUGAAAAUAAAAUGUCGAGUCUUGUCAUUUUCUUU